ACUUUUUCCACUGUUGCAAUGGCAGGUAGACGGCUCAUCGACGCCGCGAAACUGUUCAAUGCCUCAAAAUCCAUCGCCCAGCAGCAUAUUAAGCUGCGCUCACAGCAGUGGGACGUAUUCAGUAAAACGUCAACUCUCGCGAAGGCCGCAAAAAAUCAGACAGACCGAGUGACCCUCACCCUCGAAGCUGCACUUGCGCUCUCCAAGCGUUUAAACGAAGAAGCACCGAAGUACGCUUCAGCCGCCGCUCAACGAGCCACCGCCGGCUUCGAUCCAUCGCCGACCGCACCAACGACCGCGCACAAGACUUCGCAGAGCAGAGAGGAGGGCUUAGAGCACGAUCAUCACUAUGGUAGAUCGUCUGGAGAGACCCAAUCUCAGUCGACGGCUCCGGAGGGGCUAGAUGUGCACCAAAAAGAGGCUGUUCGAUCACCACUACCAGAUGGAACCAUACCUUCCCAUGGUGUCACAUUGGAUGAGAAGGCAAAGGGUCAGGAUACUUUUACAAGACGCUCUAAUCCAGAGCCUCUCAAGGAACCCCUGGUCAGAGAUCACCCCGUUGGUACCGAUGAGGGUUUGAAACCAGUAGAAUCAAACAAGUCCACUAUACCGCUACCGAACCGACCAGCUGGCCUGUCCGCAGAUAGUAUUCAAGACUCGGGAACAGGUGCGCUGAACAGAGGUGUGCAACAUGAAGAUAUACCACAGCAGGUAGCAGUGCCUCAAGCGGACGAUACGCCCGAGGGUAUAAAUACAGAUGUUUUCCAUUCCCCGCGCGUAGCAAAAAUCCUAGGGGGCAACCCUUACAAACAAAAGAAACACAUGGACCUCAGAGGUGCCACCAAUACGCCGUUUGAUCACACCGUGACUGCCCAAGGUCAUGAUCAAGAUACGUUUAAUGUACGUAUGAGCGAAGAGACGAAACCGUCUCUACCGGAAGACCCGGCUCAUUCUUCAGCGCCUAAACAGGCUGCGCAUUCUGCCACAACCGAGCAGGAAAUGCAUGAUCUCGCUUCUGAGCUCACCAAAAACGCGGAGACGGCUGCCUCAGCGGUUUCAGAUAUGCCCGGGGAAGUGAACGCUGAACCUAUUCCAGCACAGUAUGAACUACGCGAGUCACGGGUACCUUCAUCACGGUUUGGUAGAUUGUGGCAGUAUGCCGGUCUAGGAACCAGUAUGGCCUUUGGCGCUGUGGGCGAGAGUCUCAGGCGUGUGACUGGAAACGCAGCUGCAUCGGGAGGGUCUCUUAUGUUGAGUCCCGCGAACAUCGAGGUUUUGGUUGCUAAAUUAUCGCGCAUGCGAGGUGCCGCUCUCAAACUGGGCCAGAUGAUCAGUAUUCAAGACAUUAAGAUGCUACCUCCGGCGAUUCACGAUGUUCUACGCCGCGUUCAGGACAGUGCAGAUUAUAUGCCCGCUUCCCAGCGUAAUCAAGUUCUAGUCAGCAAUCUUGGUCCUAAUUGGCGUGAUUUGUUUGAGUCGUUCGAAGACGUACCCAUCGCCGCUGCAUCGAUAGGCCAAGUACAUCGAGCAGUCUUGAGAUCCACAGGACAAACCGUCGCCGUCAAGGUUCAAUACCCUGGAGUCGCCAAUUCAAUCGAUUCCGACUUGAACAACCUAUCCGUCUUACUCACCGCGUCUCGACUCUUGCCGAAAGGGCUUUUUCUUGACAAGACCAUUGCCAAUGCUCGUACAGAGCUUGGUUGGGAGUGUGAUUAUCUGCGAGAAGCAGAAUGGCAAACACGCUUCCGUGAAGCUCUCGCCGAUGAUACCGAUGCCUUCGUCGUACCCAAAGUCUUCCCAGAAGCCAGCGGACGCGAAGUGCUUACCGCCGAAUUUGUGACAGGCACUGGCGUUGCAAAGCUGCCCAAGCUCAGUCAAGAAAAGCGCGACUGGAUCGGCACCCAGAUUUUACGUCUCUCCUUGCGCGAGAUUGUAGAGUUCAAGUUCAUGCAGACGGAUCCCAACUGGACGAAUUUCCUUUACAACGAAAAGGAACACAAGAUAGAAUUGCUUGACUUCGGUGCUUCUCGCGCAUAUCCCGACCAAUUUGUGGAUCCAUACGUCGGAAUCCUGAUUGCUGCCUCUAAAAACGACAAGAAAGCUAUUCGCGACCUCUCCAUCGAGUUGGGAUAUCUGACUGGUGCAGAGACAGCGACUAUGGUAGAUGCACACGUCCAGUCCGUGCUCACGCUCUCUGAGCCGUUUUCCUCGAGCGGAUCCGAACUCUACGACUUCCGCGAUCAAACUAUCACGGAUAGAGUAAGAAGUCUAAUUCCGGUUAUGGUGAACGAGAGAUUGUCACCUCCGCCCGAAGAGACGUAUAGUUUGCACAGGAAGCUGAGCGGAGCGUUCUUGUUGUGUGCUAAGCUAGGCAGCAGAGUACCCUGCCGACAGCUGUUCGAAGACGCGAUUGAGGUUUAUCGCAAAGGUGGAAAGAUGAACUGA